AUGGCCGAAACUGUGGUCGACCUCUACGAGGUCCUACAAAUCUCGCGCGACGCAAACGGAGAUGAGAUCCGCAAGGCCUAUCGCAAAGCCGCCUUAGCAAACCAUCCCGAUAAGGUCCCAGAAGAGGAGCGCGAAGCUGCGUCGAUCCGAUUCAAGGAUGUCCAGCAAGCCUACGAAAUCCUGAGCGAUGACGACAAGCGGCACCUCUACGAUACACAUGGCAUGGGUGCUUUCAACGGUUCUGGUGAACCGGGAAUGAACGGAGGACCCGACCUUGAUGAUAUUCUUGCGCAGAUGUUUGGAAUGGGAGGCAUGGGUGGUGGUAUGCCGGGUAUGGGCGGCGGUAUGCCGCGGCCUCGACAGAGCCCGGACGAGGAGCAAAAGUACGAGAUCACCUUGGAGGAUUUGUAUAAGGGAAAGACAACGAAAUUUGCGAGCACCAAGAACGUGAUUUGCAGUCUUUGCAAGGGUAAGGGUGGCAAGGAGAAGGCGACGGCAAAGAAAUGCUCUACUUGUGAUGGACAAGGUUUCAAGGAGGUUCUCACACGCAUGGGUCAGUUUUUGACUAAGUCCACUGCUGUCUGUACAACCUGCAACGGUGACGGUCAGUUCUUCGCAACCAAAGACAAGUGCAAGAAGUGUAAGGGCAAGAAAACGAACGAGGCGAAGAAGAUUCUGGAGAUUUACAUUCCCCGCGGGGCGAAGGAUGGUGAUCGGAUUGUGCUAGAAGGCGAGGCGGACCAAGUCCCUGGUCAAGAGCCUGGGGAUAUCGUGUUCCAGCUGGAACAAGAGGAACACCCAGUAUUCACACGAGCCGGCGCAGAUCUCAAGGCAACUAUCGACGUUACAUUGGCCGAAUCACUGACCGGCUUUUCCCGCGUGGUAAUCAAGCAUCUCGAUGGACGCGGAAUCGAACUCCAACAUCCCAAGACGCCGGGACAGAUCCUUUCUCCAGGCCAAGUCCUCAAGGUACCCGGCGAAGGAAUGCCGAUCAAGCGUUCGGACUCUCGCGGCGACUUGUAUCUAAUCGUCAACAUCAAAUUCCCAGACGAGAAAUGGAAGCCCAGCGCAGCAGUUCUUGAAAGACUGAAGGAGAUGCUACCCGGACCCGACGCUCGCAUCGAAGCGGGGACAGUGGACGAUGUCGAAUAUGAAUCCAAGGCGAACAUCGAUGAUUUCGGAUCUCAGGACCCCUCUGGAGGAGAUGCAUGGGAAGAUGACGACGAAGAGGAAGGCGGACCCCAGUGCGCUACCCAGUGA